GUGGUUUCGCAGGCAUCGCGGCUGGCCGUUCCGCAUAUUCUGCAGAUGCUUGAGGUCUGCGAGCGGUUUGGUACGAGGCCGCAAGUGCUCUAUGUGGAGUUGUUUCACCACAUUAUCCGGUUAGCACCCGCCAUGUACCCAGACGAAAUGGUCCAGGUGUUUCAAGCCCUGGUGCGUUUGGAAUUGCAAAACCCAUAUCUGCUGAAGGAACUGCACAAGUUUGUGCUUGUCCACAAAAACGAGUUCCGGUUUCUGCAUCUCUGUGCACUGCAGUGCUGUCUGACGGUGUUAGGACAGCGCGUGACGUCCACGAACAAAUCCCAACCUGGUAUGAUGUCAGAGACUGAAAUCUCAGAUAUAAUCGGCUAUGCGGAUGUUCCAGCGGUUCUUGCUGAGCGAGCAAAGUUUGAGACUGACGUACUUUCAGUGGAAGAGAUGUACGAAUGCAUCUGCAAAUUUGCAUCAAUGGAAUUUUCGUAUAGACCCUUUGAGGAGUUAAUGUGGUCUUCUUUUCUCUAUCGCCUUGAGCACGAGAUGCCGACCGCACGCGAGAUCGAUCAAUUCGCGGACCCCUUCGCAGUGCUACGCAUGCUCUACGGGAAGGACUUGUUGACGCCGCGGAUUGCCCAGUCCUUCGCGCGCUGGGCAUACGACGCUUCGUAUAGACCAAACACAUUGUCCCAGAAGCGCCCGAACGCGCGUGACUUGGUUUUUCUCCGAACGAUCCUGGAAUUACAGCCUUCAGUCGCGCAUGCGCCCGUCGAGCCUACUGCCGCGUGCGCUCUCGACAAGAAAUUGACCCGAAUAGUAAUGGCUAGACGCGCUGAAAAAAUCUCUAGUACUCUGCGCGAAAGCGACAUCAACCCUUCAUGCAGUACUUCCUCAUCUACUCCUCUAGAAGUCUUUUCACCAUCGUCCUCGGCUUCGUCGCCGUCUCAGCACGAACCCUACUCUAGUUCUAGUACUCCUGGAGCUAACGAACUUGAGCUAUUUGACCGCGCAGAGGUGCCUCGCUGGUUAGAGCAGAAAGGUGGUCCGAGCGUAGCGUCAGAAAAUCCACGCGGAUCGAUUGAGGACAUUCUUGCUGCUCGCGCACAAAGCGCGAGGAUCGCGGCACACUCGUCCUCUCAUGAGCACGAUAUCAACUCCAAUGCUUCAUCUCCUUCAUCUACUACAACUAGAAGUGUCAAUGAGAGAGAUCCCCGGAUUAAGCGAGACGGGCUGACGGGCAAGAGGUUGCGAGCUAUGGGUAAGGUCAACAACAGCUCCGUACUAAAUCACAAUUAAGGCCAUCCCAUGUUGACUAUGCUGAGUGCAGUACCGCUUGAUUUACAAGGGAAAAUUGGGGCAAUAAGGGGAACUCACUCAACCAGGCAUAGUGAAAAACUAGCGUUAACCCAAGCGAACCGCGGCUGAGUUGUGUGCACUUGCGGUCCGAAAUUUUGUCGCGUCGCGAGGGGGCCAACAGCGCACGCAACUGAAGAAGCGACCGAUACAGUAUCAAAAAGGCCGUCUGUAUUGGAAACUCGCUGACGCUUGUGAAGGACGGAAGAUCGCAAAAGUCGAGGCAUCUGCCGCAAAAGCCGCUUUCAAAGAUGAAAAAACAGCAUCUUCCGCAAGAAGUGAGGAGAUGAAGGGUCGUGUGGAAAGAAAAAGCAUCUUCCAUAUAUCAGCGAGUACAACAAGGAGAACAGCAGCAUCGUCUUCAUCACCGAGAUCAGCCUCAUCAAGAAAAUCCACAUCGUCCACCCUGUAUGAUUCAAGUUCGAAAAGCCAAGGGAAUGGUAAUAUCUCGUCGACUCCAGUUGUUGCGCCUGCGGAUACAAGAAAAGCUGGUUGUAAAGAUAGAACUAAAAUUCGAAGUAGCUUUGCUCUGCUUGGAAAAUUCUCCGAAUAUGCGAGUAAUGUUUCAAUGACCGACAAGAAGGCGGUCACUGCGCAAUUGCUGUGUAUGUCCUCUCCAUUUGAACGAUUCAUGGCUGCGACCGAACGUGAUGCUCAAGCAGCUGCGGAAGUCAGUAUACCUCCUCUCAAGUCGUCGUCGUCGUCAAGUCCCUUAGCUAGUGAAGCUGCUCCUGCUCCAUCUUUGAGUUCUGAUGACUCUAUACUUGAGUCACUGCUCAAACGAGUUGCAAAGGAGCCAAGGCCUGGAGGAGCUACAACAGACGCUAGUGGGAGACGAAAAAUGAAACCGGUUCAGAUAGAGUAUGCAAAUCCUUUAGAGGCUUUUUUGAACAACGAUCCCAAUGGAGUGCCUGACCGACUGACAGACGAUAUCCGCGAGCGAUCUUCAUUCCUGUCCCGAACUCACUUAGACCGGAUGGCUAUGCCGGAUCAUCCAGCCUUGCGAUAUAGGCGUGGAAGUUACAUUCUGCGGCGAGGGCCAGAAGCGACGCGGCAGGAGCGCAAUCCACUCGACAUUCUCGCCAGAGCCAGGGGACAGGUAUUGUUGAUUAUAACCCUUGCUUUUCACCGUGAUCAAUCAGGGCCACAAGGAUUAAGCUUGUGAACAUUAGAUAGUCAAAAAAACACUCCACUUGAGAUGAAAAAAAUCCUGACUAGGCCUAGGGCCACAAGGAUAAAUCAAAUUGUCGAGGAAAGAGCGAAAAAUUACAAUAAUGCACCUCCACGCUCACACAUUUUUGAUACAUGUCCUUGUCCUCCUAUCAGGACCAUACCGCAACCGAGAGUGCGUUGAUGUGGUCUUUUGAGCGUCAGGAGUUCGUGGCGGGGCAACCUCUGCGUCGAACGUAUAGACAGCGUGUGCUGCACAAGCAGUAUAACAAACGACCGUAUCCAGCGCAUGUAAUGGGUGGCGAAGUUGAUCCCAUACUCCAUCGCCGCUUGCUCGUCCGCCCUUACAUGCUUGGAAAUCUGACGACCUACUACACGACACGUCGUGGACCAAAGAGAAACAUGAUUCAGGCGAAGUAGUAGAAAGUCUAUCGAUUUUUGCUUUUUCUUCGGAUUGAUAAUCAUAUUCCCGAUGUAAGAUCGUGUUCACACCUGUUUUUAAUGUUUGAAAUUCUGAUUCCCAUUUUGCUCCAUUCUUGCAAACACCAUAGAGGUCAGAAAAAUGCGAAAGUUCGCAGGAUUGAGAAUCCAUUUUCCCAUCCGAGAUCAAACAAAAAGGCUAAGGAAGCGUGCUGAACACAGAGCUAAGUAAUCUGAUCUGCUCCGGCAAACAUAAAGAAAUAUCAAUGCACAAAAUAUACUUCUCUUCGUCCAGCUG